GUGCAGGCGCUGCUCCAAGCGGGGGCAUCGCCCAACGCCCCCAACAGUCACGGCCGGACCCCCAUUCAGGUCAUGAUGAUGGGCAACACCCGCGUGGCCGAGUUGCUGCUGAUCCACGGCGCGGACCCCAACUGCGCGGACCCCGAUGCCUGGGGCCGCCUGCCCGUGGACCUGGCUGAGGAGCGGGGCCACCGCCACAUCGUCGGGUACCUUCGCGGAGAAGGUCCUGCAGACACCGGCGGCUGAAAGAACCAUUGAAAGCCAAAGGAACAGCAGGACCCCGUGACCACUGCCCCUCCCCCCACCUACAAUUCUU